GACAACAGAUAUAAGUUGCGAUGGGAGAGGAGCGUCGGAUUUGGUGUGUAUCCCCCAUUUCCAAUUAUAGAUGGAUCAUUACAGACAGCGGAGUCCUGAGAAGCCAGACAUCUGCUCCUCACAUGAAUGCACUCACCUCCUAGAGACCAGGCUGCCAUCAUGCUCUGGAAGCUCGUGGAGAAUGUCAAGUACGAAGAUAUCUAUGAGGACCGGCACGAUGGCGUCCCGAGCCACAGCUCCAGGCUCUCCCAGCUGGGCUCGGUAUCCCAGGGACCUUACUCCAGCGCCCCGCCGCUGUCCCACACCCCGUCGUCAGACUUCCAGCCGCCCUACUUCCCGCCUCCCUACCAGCCGCUCCCCUACCAUCAGAGCCAGGAUCCCUACUCCCACGUCAACGACCCCUACUCCCUGAAUCCACUGCACCAGCCCCAGCAGCAUCCCUGGGGGCAACGGCAGCGGCAAGAAGUGGGUUCGGAAGCCGGCUCUCUCCUGCCCCAGCCACGGGCAGCCUUGCCCCAGCUCUCCGGCCUCGACCCCCGGAGGGACUACCACUCGGUCCGCCGGCCAGACGUGCUGCUGCAUUCGGCGCACCACGGCCUGGACGCGGGCAUGGGUGACAGCCUCUCGCUGCAUGGCCUCGGCCAUCCCGGAAUGGAAGACGUCCAGUCAGUUGAAGAUGCCAAUAACAGCGGCAUGAAUCUAUUGGACCAGUCUGUCAUAAAAAAAGUUCCGGUUCCUCCCAAAUCUGUGACUUCGCUGAUGAUGAAUAAAGAUGGCUUCCUGGGAGGCAUGUCCGUCAACACCGGCGAGGUCUUUUGCUCGGUCCCGGGCCGUUUGUCUCUGCUCAGUUCGACUUCAAAGUACAAAGUAACUGUGGGGGAAGUUCAGAGACGGCUUUCGCCCCCCGAAUGCCUCAAUGCGUCUCUCCUCGGCGGCGUCCUCAGAAGAGCCAAAUCGAAAAAUGGGGGGAGAUCUUUGCGAGAAAGGCUAGAAAAAAUCGGUUUGAAUUUACCCGCGGGCAGGCGCAAAGCUGCAAAUGUCACGUUACUCACCUCCCUGGUGGAAGGAGAAGCUGUUCACUUAGCUCGGGAUUUUGGGUAUAUUUGUGAAACGGAGUUUCCUGCUAAAGCGGUUUCUGAGUAUUUGAACCGGCAGCAUACCGACCCCAGUGACCUGCACUCACGAAAGAAUAUGCUGCUGGCUACCAAGCAACUCUGUAAAGAAUUUACGGAUCUACUGGCGCAGGACCGGACGCCAAUCGGGAACAGCAGGCCUAGCCCCAUCCUGGAGCCGGGGAUCCAGAGCUGCCUCACGCACUUCAGCCUCAUCACGCACGGCUUCGGCGCCCCGGCCAUUUGCGCUGCGCUCACGGCCCUGCAGAACUAUCUCACCGAGGCACUCAAAGGCAUGGACAAGAUGUUCUUGAACAACACCACCACUAACAGGCACACGUCUGGGGAAGGCCCAGGUAGUAAAACUGGCGACAAGGAGGAGAAACACAGGAAAUGAAAAAUUAAAAAAAAAAAAAAAAAGAAAGAAAAAUGUUUUAAAUACAAAAGGAAAACAGAAAAAAUUUAAUUUUAGCUUUAAAAUGUUGGAUUGGCUUUGGAAGAAUUAUAUUAGGUAGAAUACACAUACAAUCAAAUUUUAAAAAAAAGAGCUAAAUAACUUUUAAAAAAAACUGAGGCGUACAACGGAAGCAACAAUAUCGGUUCUCAGUGUCUAUUUCAAGAUACACUUGGAGACAAACGUCCGGAUUUUCCACUUCGGUUCUUUCGAGCUUAGUAAUACUGAUAAUAAAAGAAAACCAUGAUUUUCCCCCUUUGGAAAAUAAACGUAAGACUAAACA